AUGAUGGCGGAGUGCGGCGGCGGCGGGGGUGGCGGCGGCGGCGGCGUUGGGGGACCGAGGAAGAAGGCGCUCUCCCUGCUGGAAGCGGCCCGCUCCCGCUACGAGAGCCUGCAGAUCUCGGACGACGUGUUCGGCGAGUCGGGCCAGGACAGCAGCGGGAACCCCUUCUACAGCACCUCGGCCGACUCACGCUCCUCCUCCGCCGCCUCUUCCGAGGACGAGGACGAACCCACCACUUCCUCCAUCUCCUCCUCCUCUGCCGCCGCCGCCCCGCCGCCGCAGCCCCUGGCCCGGGAGGUAGAGGCAGCAACGGAGGGGCCCGCCCGCGGGGGAGGCGUCUGCUGCUUUCAGGGAGGAGGGCGCCGCGUCCCGAGGGCAGGAGCAGCGACUGGUGGGCAGCGGCAACUGCAACAGCAUCAGCUCCCGGGGCCCAUGGAUGAGGACGAUGAGGAAGAGCGUGGAGGCUGGACCCAGACUUUGCGAGACACCCCUCCCCCUCGCUUCGAGGAUACCAGCGGUCCAACCCGAAAGAUGCCCCCCAGUUCCAGUGCCAUGGACUUCUUCCAGCUCUUUGUCCCCGACAAUGUUCUUAAAAACAUGGUGGUGCAGACAAACAUGUAUGCCAAGAAGUAUCAGGAGAGGUUUGGGAGUGAUGGGGCCUGGGCAGAAGUUACCCUGACUGAGAUGAAGGCUUUCCUGGGUUACAUGAUUUCCACAAGCAUCUACCACUGCGAGUCUGUUCUCAGCAUCUGGAGCAGCGGCUUUUACAGUAACAAAAGCAUUGCCCUCGUCAUGAGCCAGUCCCGCUUUGAGAAGAUCCUCAAGUACUUCCAUGUGGUGGCUUUCCGUUCCAGCCAGACAACUCAUGGCCUCUACAAGAUACAACCCUUCCUAGAUUCCCUACAGUAUGGCUUUGACUCUGCUUUUAGGCCUUCCCAAACCCAGGUGCUACAUGAACCCCUGAUUGAUGAGGACCCAGUGUUCAUCGCUACAUGCACAGAGCGAGAGCUGCGCAAGAGAAAAAAGAGGAAAUUUAGUCUUUGGGUCAGGCAGUGUUCCUCCACAGGCUUCAUCAGUCAGAUUUAUGUGCACCUGAAAGAAGGCAGUGGUGCAGACGGACUGGAUACUCUAAAGAAUAAGCCCCAACUCCACAGCAUGGUGGCCAAGAGCCUCUGUAGAAAUGCAUCAGGCAAGAACUACAUCAUCUUCACAGGGCCCAGCAUCACCAGUCUGCCCCUGUUUGAAGAGUUUGAGAAACAAGAGAUUUACUGCUGUGGACUGCUGAGUUCCCGAAAAAGUGACUGUACUGGCCUACCUCUGUCUAUGCUGAAUAAUUCGGAUGUCCCCCAGGCUCGAGGGCAGUACCGAAUAAAGAUGAAAGGAAAUAUGUCUCUGAUCUGCUGGUACAACAAAGGGCCCUUCCGUUUUCUGACAAAUGCCUAUUCACCAGUCCAACAAGGAGUGAUCAUCAAGAGGAAAAGUGGAGAGAUCCCCUGCCCUUUGGCUGUGGAAGCUUUUGCUGCUCACCUUAGCUAUAUCUGCAAAUAUGACGACAAAUACAGCAAGUAUUUCAUCUCUCAUAAACCAAACAAGACCUGGCAACAGGUAUUCUGGUUCGCCGUCAGCAUUGCGAUCAAUAACGCCUACAUCCUGUACAAAAUGUCCGAGGCCUACCACGUGAAGAGGUACAGUCGGGCGCAGUUUGGGGAAAGACUCAUAAAGGAGUUGUUGGGCUUGGAGGACGCCUCGCCGUCCCAUUGACCCAUCGUUCUCGCGCCUCGAGGCCCGGGUAAGGGACCCGCGUCAAGGGAGAGGGGAUCAGAAUUGGAAGAAGAGAAUCUGCGGCUCUGGAUGUCCAACCGGGGACCUGGUGACGCCCACCCCCCUGCUUGGAAAGUGACGCUUCGAGGCCUUCAUAGGGAUAGAAAUAGAGACUCGGUCAGGAGGAGUAGCUGGUUAUCUGGGGCUUCCACUAAAGAAGAGUGUCCCAUCCAACCCCACCCAGCUGCAUUGUGAGUGCUCUGCCAGUCCUUUGUGCACCAGCCCUGGGUUUUUUAGGUUGCUAGCCAUUUAUACUAUCAGUUGUAUCUGUUCAAUAGGGUGUAAGUCUCCUUAUGAUGCCCACUUGAAGCUAAUCAUUGAGCUCGGGCUCCAAAUAGAGGAGGCUUGACAGAUGUGGGGCCCCCACUAAUACUAAGUGCUGCUAGUUGUGGGGCGUGUUGUCACAUUACAUUAGAAAAAGGGGAGGAAAUUUAGGGAAGACUGUGACAUCUUUUGACAUCAGGGCAUGUCACCCGAUGAGGCUGAAACCAGCAAAAAUGUCGUGUUCGUUCUUAAAACCAUUUAGAUCUGAAUGGAAGACCGUUUGGUUUUUUCUGAUUUGUCUAGGCAGUUCUUAACCUGGCAAUUUAGGAAAUGUCUAACAGGGGAAAAAGAAGAAAAAGAAAAAUUAAAUUGUUGCCAUUGAGAUAAAAGUGAUGGAAUGAGCAGCAGUUGAAAAUGGUUUUCAUAGUCUAAUUAAUAAAUGAGGUAUUACCGA